AUGAACACUGAAAUUCACCGAUACAGUCCAAACGCUAAGGAAGAUAUUUGGACAAACGGCUUUCUUAUUCAAUUCCGGUUCAAUUUUCUCGAAGUACACAAGAAAAACGCUGACGAUUUUGUUGACGAUUUUGAUGGGACGAUCCUAACAGUGCACGUGAUGCAGACAAUUCGCGAGCGAUUCUCAUACACGGAGUGCCACAGCUCCCCGAAACCGAUGAGUCCAACUGUCGAAAAAAUGAUUUUUACGAAUAGCGCUUCAUUCAAGAAUUGUCAGACGCCCGUAAUGUCUCUACCACGGCCACUGAACGCCUUCCGCAUUCUCCCAACUAUCGCGGAGAUGGCCUGCAAAUAUUGA